CCUUCCCCCAUUCCCCCUCUUCACCAACCCCUUUUACCAUUUCCAACCCCAAAAGAAAAACCAAGAGAUUACCGUCGUCCUGGUCGUCGUCGUCGUCGUCGUCAUCAUCCCAUCCCCUCCCCCCUACCCCAGAGAACUCGUAUAAAAAAUGGGCGAGCCACCAAGAUCCUGUCCUUUUGUGCGACCCGACUCCUCCAACUUGCAGUAGCUCCACGCAGGAUAAAGAGGGUUGGAAAGCCCAAGAAUCUGCAGAGCCCCACUCCGAGAUCCCGAGCUUUCUGCGUUUUCCUCCGUCGCAAUCCGCAGGAAUCCCCAUCGGAGGUUUCGCGGCCUCCGUGCCGUUCUUGAUCCAGGGCGCGCGCCAAGGACUCGCCAAUGCAGCCGGACGCGAGCGGCAACGCUGCCGGCGGCGGCGGCGCGAAUCCGAGGCCGAAGCUGCCGCCGCCGGUGGCCGCCGCGCCCGCGCCAUCCGGCCGGCCGGCGUCCGUGCUGCCGCACAAGACGGCCAACGUGCGGGACCACUACCGCAUCGGGAAGAAGCUGGGGCAGGGGCAGUUCGGCACCACCUACCUGUGCGUGGCCAAGGAGGACGGCGGCGAGUUCGCGUGCAAGUCCAUCCCCAAGCGCAAGCUGCUGUGCCGCGAGGACUACGAGGACGUCUGGCGCGAGAUCCAGAUCAUGCACCACCUCUCCGAGCACCCCAACGUCGUCCGCAUCCGUGGCGCCUACGAGGACGCGCUCUUCGUGCACAUUGUCAUGGAGCUCUGCGCGGGCGGUGAGCUCUUCGACCGCAUCGUGGCCAAGGGGCACUACACCGAGCGUGCCGCAGCGCAGCUCAUCAGGACCAUAGUUGGGGUCGUGGAGGCAUGCCACUCGCUCGGCGUCAUGCACCGGGACCUCAAGCCGGAGAAUUUCCUGUUUGCCAGCACUGCCGAGGACGCCCCGCUCAAGACCACCGAUUUUGGGCUAUCCAUGUUCUACAAGCCUGGUGACAAAUUCUCUGAUGUUGUUGGGAGCCCCUACUAUGUUGCACCUGAAGUGCUUCAGAAAUGCUAUGGUCCAGAAGCUGAUGUCUGGAGUGCUGGGGUGAUUCUGUACAUUUUGCUAUGUGGUGUCCCCCCUUUCUGGGCAGAAACUGAAGCAGGAAUCUUCAGACAGAUCCUUCGAGGCAAACUUGAUUUUGAGUCUGAGCCCUGGCCUAGUAUCUCUGACAGCGCUAAAGAUCUAGUCCGUACUAUGCUUUGCAGGGAUCCUACAAAGCGGCUCUCUGCUCAUGAGGUUCUCUGUCACCCAUGGAUUGUUGAUGAUGCUGUGGCGCCUGAUAAGCCUAUUGAUUCUGCUGUUUUAUCAAGGCUGAAGCAUUUUUCUGCAAUGAACAAGCUCAAGAAGAUGGCAUUGAGGGUUAUUGCUGAAAGCCUGUCUGAGGAAGAGAUUGGAGGUCUAAGGGAGCUGUUCAAAAUGAUUGAUGCUGACAAUAGUGGAACUAUAACAUUUGAUGAGCUGAAAGAUGGCUUGAAAAGGGUGGGCUCAGAACUAACUGAACAUGAAAUCCAGGCUUUAAUGGAUGCGGCGGACAUCGACAACAGCGGAACGAUUGAUUAUGGUGAAUUCAUCGCAGCUACAUUGCACAUGAACAAACUAGAGAGGGAGGAGAACUUGGUGUCAGCAUUCUCGUUUUUUGACAAGGAUGGAAGUGGAUUCAUCACCAUCGAUGAGCUAUCACAUGCAUGCCGGGAAUUUGGUCUGGAUGACGUUCACCUUGAGGAUAUGAUCAAAGAUGUCGAUCAGAACAAUGACGGGCAAAUCGAUUACAGUGAGUUCACAGCGAUGAUGAGGAAGGGCAAUGCCGGCGCAACAGGGAGGCGGACCAUGAGGAACAGCUUGAAUCUGAAUCUCGGCGACAUCUUGAAUCCCAGCAACAGCUAAGUUGGCAUGGGGAGGAGAAAUGCCAUACCUGGUGGAUGCCAGUUUGUGAAAGUUUUUGCAUGCCUGAUCAGCUGGACUACUAAUCUAAGAGGGGAAGGGAGAUAGAUGGAGUCUCCUAGUAGUACUCAGUAGCUAGAGGGAGGAAAUGGCGCACUCCUUUGGUUGUAACCGAAUCUUAGACGCUGGAUGGAGGUCACAAUGCGAUGAACUGCAUGUGUAUUCAUGUGGUUGCAGGUUGUUGAACGCUGUUGGUAGCCGGGGAUUACAUCCGUAGCACCUCAACUUGCUCCACUUCUGUUUACUGUCAACUGUUGGUGGUUUAAAGAAUUUUCAGAUGA